AUUGUGAAAAUAUACACUUUGCGAUGUUUUUUUUACAUCGUUUUGUUGACAAUAUACCACAAAUAAAAGCUAGCAAAAUAAACUCUUCAGCCAUGGCCAUGACUUAUUCUGGUUAUUUUUCUCUCGUUUUUAUUGUACUGAAAUAAAACACAUAACAUACAACGUCAUAAACAAAUUCAUUUUGUUACCCUUUCUUUAGCAUUGCAAAACAAGCCGCGGCAGGUAUUCUUUACGCAUGCCUGUUCCCACCACGUUCGACUUCAACCAGUGUUUACAAACAAACGGGUGUCUUGCACAUGGGAUGGGACGUUUAUCCGAGUUUAACAGUGCGACGAGAGGUACAAAUACAUGUACUAAUUUGAGCAUUUUUCAUUUGUCUACAGCAGCCCAUGUUACGACGACAAUAACCCGUAAAACAUUGCAACUCAACAAGGUGCUGCAAUGUGGUGACGUGACGCCAUAAAUCUGAUCUACAAUCUGUACUGGAGCAAGAGCAGCACCGUAGUUGUGCUCGCCACGGGUGUCGUAGAAAUCCAAUAAGGUGCUUCAAAUUGUACGUAAGAUUCUAAAUUUCGGGACACAGUUCAUCCUCGCCCCGAGACUUUAAUCGCAUAAUGUGUAAUGUUUGUCCAUAAUUAUAUUUUUAUGGAUGCACGUAUAAGUGCCGUAAUCCACAAUAAUGCUCUGACCGUUUUUUUCACUCACGUUUAACAACAUUACUUGUCCUGCUUACGCUAUAUACCAACCAACCUUGAUUCUGUCAUCGUAUUGACUCUGCUCUCUGAUUGGCUGGUUACCGAAGACUGCGUUUGAUACACCAAAUCCCAUUGGCAAAGGCCCCUCUCUGUCAAACUUGUCUUGCCAUUUGUCGCUAUGUUUGGUUGUUUCGUUUCGUUACCCUUUCUCUCCGCGGUUUGCUGGAGCCGCUGCUGUCUCUUGGCCUUGCAUGUUACCACGUCCAAAUCCUGACUCAAAAUUUGACGCCCUACUCGUGGUUUUGGUCCACAAACACGCACCAGAAGGGCCACAGCCGCGGACGUCUACACACUGGUGUCUCCAUUUCACACCCUCCUCCCAGUACACUUGCUUGUUUCCCACAAAACAUGGCUGUGGUCAGCGAAUCGUCUGGGCCGGUCGCCCGGCUCGAGGGCCGUGAAUUCGAAUACAUGAUGAAGAAGCGCUCGGUGACUAUUGGCCGGAACUCUUCGCAAGGCUCCGUGGACGUGAGCAUGGGCCACUCCAGCUUCAUCUCUCGCAGACAUCUAGAAAUUUUCACCGCCAGUGACGACGGCACCGGCGGCGGAGACUUUUACCUGAGGUGUCUCGGUAAAAACGGGGUGUUCGUGGAUGGAGUGUUUCUGAGACGGGGUGCACCUCCCCUGCAGCUACCACGGAUGUGCACAUUCAGGUUCCCUAGUACAAACAUCAAAAUCUCAUUUACGGCCUUGUCAACCGGGAAGAAGGUCAAGCGUGAAGCUCCAGAGUCCCCAGUGAAACCAGUCCAGCCACAGAUCUCCCCAUUGACCAUCAACAUUCCAGACAACAUGGCUCAUCAUCCGAGCCCCCUGCCAUCGCCAACUGACACCAUCAGUGCGGCAAACUCGUGUCCGUCCAGCCCGCGGGGUGCCGGCUUGUCAGGCUACAGGAUGGGUGGUCGUAUGGUUAGUUCUGCUGAGCUUCAGCUCAUAAAUGACAACUCCCAAUCUGAGAAUGACAAAGAGGCCUCUGGAGGGGAUAGCCCUAAGGAUGAUUCCAAACCUCCCUACUCCUAUGCACAGCUGAUUGUCCAGGCCAUAACUCUGGCUCCUGAAAAACAGCUCACUCUUAAUGGCAUCUACAAUCACAUAACAAAGAAUUACCCUUACUACAGGACCGCAGACAAGGGUUGGCAGGUGAGACUCCACCCACCCACGUUUCUGGAAAAAUAUAUAUACUUUUGUUUGAAGUUUAACCUUAGAAUUUGUUUCAAUUUUCACCCGAGAAAAGAUCCACGAUCAGUGUUGAUGUCUCAGACCUAGUCAAAAUGUUUGAUUUUAAUUUGUCUUAGGAGUGCACCAGCUUCACCCAACCACUCAGGGGUGCUCUCCGCUCACUCAAGCGGCAUCCAGACCCCAGACAGCCUGUCACGGGAGGGCUCCCCGGUCCCACUUGAAUUUGAGGCAUCCUCUGCUCCCACUACAGUAACCACCACCACAGCAGUGCAGCCCAAACUGGCAGUCAUCCAGGAAGCACUUUUUGCACAAAACACAGCAGGAUCCCCUGUUGGCAACCAGCCAGUUCUCAUUGCAGUCCAGCGUCAGUUACCUCAGACCAUCAAGCCAGUCACUUACACCAUGGCGUCCCCAGUGAGCACCAGCGCCUCACAGCCUGCUGUCCAGACGGUACAUGUCCUGCAGCAGAUCCCUGCCACUUCCUUGAGCCCUGCCAAAGUCAUUGCCCAGCCAGCCACCAUCCUAAAGGGCAAGCCACAGGAGAAUGGAGAGCACACAGAGGUCAAAGUUAAAGUGGAGACGGUUCCAACCAUCACCUCGAUUAGUGGCUCCAGUCGCAUUAUACAGAGCUCCCAGUCAGCCCCAGCCAUGCAGACUGUUACCAUAGUACAACAGGCCCCUAUGGGUCAGCACCAGCUGCCAAUUAGGGCUAUAACACAGAAUGGCAAUCACGGUAUCACCACUGCCAUCACAGGAACUGCCACUCAAGCUCCUGCCAUGGCCAACCCCCUCCACCUGCUGGCUGACCACGCUUCUGCUUCUGCCUCCCUCCCUACAAAGCGUCAAAAUGGCGAGCAGCAGCCCAGCGAGCAGACAGAUGCCAAACGCAUCAAAACAGACAGCAGCGGUGAGGUCGCCCCAGCUAACGUUGCCUCGCAGUCGGAGUCAACGGCAGUAGCGACAAUAAAUGACCAGGACGGUCACACCAACUAGUCAGCAACCCAAAAAAAAAAAACGCACCAUGUGAACUCAUCUGCCAAUCGCCAUUCUUCAUCCACAGUUUCUCCUCUCCUGUCUCCUGUUUCUUUCAUUCUGGUUUAAUUUUCAUUUCUCCAGAUGUGCUAAAUGGAGAGGAUUUUAUUUUAUUUUUUUCAUUUUUACUUUAUUCCAUCUGGAGCCUCAAAAGGAAAAAAAAACAAAAAACAACAACAUUUAACCCUUAGAACUGAACUUGUUUUGUGUGAACAAAAUAACCAAAUGGUCAAACAUGAACAUAACGGUGACACCUCGCUCUUUCUUCUUCUCCUCCUGAGCCGCUAAUGCAGGCAAGUGACUUAACCAAGACCACAGGAAGCCUUAGCAAUGACCAACACUUCACAGCUGACCUUAGACCUUGUACAUCGCAGCAGAAGAACCUUCUGUGGCUAAACUACUGGACUGGACGCCACCGUUUUCUUCAUGUGGACUCCAGAGCAGCGGCCGUGGUAUUUUUAAGUCCAAACCUAAGUAAGCAAUGAGUGUGACCGCUGAAGUGGUUAAAAAUAAUAUUUGUAUUAAUAUGAUGUGUGUUCGGAAUUAGAACUCUGAGCCAAUAUUCCCGAAAAAACCGGCAGCUAGCCUCAACUCACACUGACCAUUCUUUUCUUACAGCUGUUUGUUAGGUAUUCAGUAUUUUGUUCUUAAACAGUAGAAGGGUGUAGGACUCUGUUGAAUAGUUCCACACGAGGAAGGAUUUAUGGUUGGAGUUUAAAUUUAUGUCAUGGCAACAUUUCCAGUACUAACUAUAGCCGAGUUGUGUAAGAAAUGUUAGGACCAGGAUAAGGUAAAAAAAAAAAAGAGAUUUUUUUGUUUGUUUUUUUUCCUCAAACUUCCCAAGAGUUUUACAGAAAUUGGUUUCUCAAAUUUGUCUCCACGUCACGUAUAGACGUGGAUUUAUUAUUAUUAUUAUUUUUAUUUUAUUUUUUGGCCCAUCAGUUAUUGAAAAAUUGUCAUAUGAAAAAACAUUUACAGCAAAUGAAUGAAAUGUGGAAUUUAAUAAAUGAAUUAAGGACUUACCAGGCAGUCAAUCUGCAGGCUUCCUACACCGGUUGUGUAGCUUGUCCAAUGCGUGUUCUCAUUUUCCUUCAGCAAUGUACACUCGUGGUAAACUUUGAACAGCACAGAAGAUUACGCUUACACGUUAAAGAUGCGAGCAGCAGUCACGCGAGCUCCUGUCGACCAGCGUUUUCAAAUAAGGACUAUGUAUGAGGGGGAGGUACAAAUCAUUGCUAGGCAUAUGAUUCCUGGUUUUCUUCCUGUUAAGAGCGCAUGGUGAGGCCAGACCAGGAAAUUAUUUUUCUUGGUUUCAAAAAAAAAACAAAAAACUGGCAAGUAAUUUGAAAUAAAGCCUGCAAUAUGGCCUACACCUACAAAGUCUCUUUCCUUUUUGGCCCUUCUCUUUUCAGAGGAGUCAUUUUAUUCCAUAGAUUAAUUCCUGCUCUCCGUUAUUUUGACCUGAAACUUGCCAGUUAAUGUGACAGUUUCAUAAAACAAUCAGGAAGGUAUGGGCUGUAAGGUCCACGCCAGCGGUUUAUGUACUUGCACAGGGUGAAAGAACAGCGCCAUUGUUUUCACGUAGUUCGUUCAGUUCGUCCAUUCGGUUCCUGGUUCAAGUUCUUGAGUGUGAAAUGCAUCUUGAAUCCUAUUUUUUUUUUUUUUUUUUUUGCCUUUUCAUUGUGAACUGUUAAGUGUUGCAAUGUUGAGUUUCUGUCUCGUUUGUUCAAAUAGAUCGAUAUGGAGAUGUUUUUUAAAUACUUGCACAUUAAAUCCAAUCUACGUAUAUAAAUAAUCCAUUGUGUUUCCAGAUGUUUACCAUCGCAUGUAUCUAACAAAAGUCGCAAACUGUAAGUUGAACUAAAGAAAGAAAGAAAGAAAGAAAAAAAAUUGUCCUGCUUUGUCCAAGAUCAGACCUACACGUGAUAAAAAAAUGUUUAGAC